ACACAACGUUUCGAAAGGAGUACAUCAUGACAAUGACAUCACCACAACUCGCAACAACGGUUUUGCUGACAAACUACGCAUUUGUUUAUCAAAUAUACAUGUAAUACACUUUGGUGACUUGAUGUAAAGUCUAACACAACUCAUUCAAAUAUGAAUCAUGACUGUGGGGAAACAAAGUUUGUGACAGACUUAUCAGACAACACUUUUUGAAUUUGUGUCAAGUCUUCAGCAGUGUAGCAGUGAUGGCAGAGUGGCUUUGUGAUGAGAAAUCUAAGAUGUGGCAGUCGGCCAGUGGAGAUUUUCAUAAAUUGACCGUAAGAGAGGGUCGUGGAUUUGAUCGGCCACUUUUAGAAUCUGUCUGUAUUGUCAGCAUUGCUGAAAACGACACCACUGGUGCCAGCGAUUCUCUGGGUGAUGGGAAGUUAUCAAAACUUGGUUUUGUUAUCGGUGAUAACAUUCAGGUGAUUAUUGGCUCCCCACAGACUGUUGUGAUGGCUACUCUAGAAAAAUGCUUAAUGACUAUGAGGGAAGAUGAACAAAGUCUUUUUUUAAUUAAUCUUCCUUGCGGUUGUGGUGGGUCAGACGGAGAGGACAAAAAUAUCAACAUAACAGUCAACAUUAAGUUGACUCUCCAUUCUUUGGCAGGUGUAAAACCGUCUUGGGAUCUAUCAGCAUCUGAGAAAUACGAACUUGCUCUAUGCCAUAAAGAACGAGGCCGGGAGAUGUUUCAGGACAAUACAGAACUGGCUUUCUAUGAGUUUGGUGUGGCAGUCAAAUAUCUGAUAACAAUCCCAACAUAUUCUCCGCUGAUAUUUUCUCACUCUGGAAUUUCUCAAGCAGAAAAAGAGGAGUAUGACAAACUCAAAUGUAUUUGCUACCUGAAUCUCGCUGCCUGCCAAGCCAAGUUUGAGAACCAUCAGGGUGUGAUCCAGAACUGCUGUCAUGCUCUGACUUUAGACCCGUCAAACCUCAAAGGUUUGUACCGGCGAGGUAAAGCUUACCUAGCUUGUGGAAAACUAGAGGAUGCUCAAAAAGACCUGCUCAAGAUGUCCAAGCUGGCGCCCAAUAAUCGUGAUGUGAUUUCCCUUCUCAAUCAGAUGAAGAAAGAAUGAGCGGACAACAUUAUUAUAAUCUUAUGUAUGUGUGCAUUUUUGGUGUAUGAGCUAUCCAUGUGUUUGAGAUUUGAGUAUUUCAGGGACUGCUUCCAGGGAUAUGGUGAUUUUUGUUGUUGUUGUUGUUUGUUUUUUGUGUGUUUGUAAUGCUUUAUACAAGGACUUUUUUUGUUUAAUGACAAAAUAAAAAUGAUACAUCAUGUA